AAAGAAAAAGAGUAGCAGCGAAAUUCUCCUUGGUCAAUAAUUUUACGAGCCCGGCAAUCGUUUUUACCUUUUUACCCGCGUUUAGGACAAACAAUUCCGGUACAGUGACUCCCCCCACCCCCACCUGAGAGUCUCUGUGUAACUGUAAACAAACACAAACACUGAGAGAGAGCUUAGAGUUUUCCAAUUUCAAUUUCAAUUUCAAUUUCAAAUUUCCCACUGCAAAUCAAAUCUCACAAGAAUUUCAAAAUCCAUCAUGCUCUCUUAAAUUCCUCUUCACCCAAAAAAAAUGGCAGCAGUAGCAGCUUGGAUCCCAGAGGAUGACCUCUUAUUGAAGAACGCUGUCGAGGCAGGUGCCUCAUUGGAGGCACUUGCUAAAGGUGCUGUUCGAUUCUCGCGAAAAUUUACAGUUCGAGAAUUGCGAGAUCGAUGGUAUUCUCUGCUCUAUAACCCUGAAAUUUCGAGCGAAGCUUCUGCUCGCAUGGUCGAGUAUGAGCUUUCUGCUUCGACUGACUCGAAGAACAAGUCUGUUCAAUCUCCUGCUAAGAAGAGAAAACUAGAGAGCGUUCGUGAACUGUAUUACGCUAUGCGGAAGAGGUUACGCGACGAGAGUCUUGAAUUGUUUGAACUAGUGGUAAAUGGUAAUGGUACUAAUGAUGAUGAUAAUAAAGUCGGUUACGAGGGGAGUUGCAUGAUUGGUGAUGGUGUUGAUGACCGUUUUCGGUUUCAGAAUGCUGCGUGGGUUGAUAAUGGAAGGUUAAGGCGUGUUGCAGAUGAGAAGAAUGGUGUAUUGAAGGAUACGCAUUCUAAUCUUGGGGAUAGUUUGGGUGAGUUUGGGAAUGGUGAGGAGUUAGGGCCGUCUUAUGUGUGUCCCGAUAUGCCUAUUUGGAAAACGAUUGAGGAUGUCUCGGCACCUGCAAUGCCGAUUAAUAUGAGCAUUGAGGGUGGUGAUAAAGAUCAGGGCGUGGCGGAGACGUUGAUAUGUCCUAAUAAUGUGGAUGGUGAUGUUGGCAAUUCGGGGACGGUUUUGAAAGAUAGACAUGCUGGUGAUUUGAUGAUAAGUAGUUCGGCUGCUACCUCAGAGGGUGAUUUUGUGGAUCGUCUGUUGAGCCUUGCGAAUGAGGAUGAGCUUAUGUUUAUGGAUGAAGAUGGGAAAGAUACCGUGGGAAAGUCUUGUUGUGAUAAUAUUAAUUCACUUCUGUUGAGUUCUCCAAGUAAAGUUCAAGAAGAUGGUGAUGUAGCCGAUGUUUGUGAGCCUCAGACUCCGGCUUUGAAUACGUGCCCUGCUGUUUCUGAUGGGGCUUGUACUUCAGAGUUGGGUGUUAUUGCUGAUCCAUCUUGCUCUGGUCAUGGUGAUCAGCUUAGUGUUUGUCCUACUCAAGUCAAUAUGUCAGCAUCUACAUCAGUGCCUGAUCCUAUUACUCCUGAACUUCAUGAUGGAGAGUUAUAUUGCACAUUGAAUACUGAGGACCUCGAAAUCCCAAGCAAUGAUGAUAUAUGCUUACCUGUUAUACAAACAAAUUACAGAGAGGCCAAUAAUCCAUCCUCCUCCUCCGGCCGUCAAAGAAAUGGUGAAAAAGAAAUAAGCUUGAAGAAAAAUGAUGCUCCUACACUGUCUUUUCCAGCUUCUCGGUUGGUGGGAUCAGGUACACUACUAGAGACCAGCCCAAAGCACCCCAUUGUUGGUUUUGGAGUCAAAGCUGAGUUGUCUCAUGGUAGCCAUCUUGAUGCGGACUCUAAAGACUUUGUUCAUGUUGACCCAAGGCAAGGCAGAUCAGCACAUGCGACUCCAAAGUUGGCCAUGGAUGGGGCACUAAAAAUUGAGGAAACUGAUGCUCCAGGUCUAAUUGGGGAACAUGCAAUGCUACAUGCACAGACAGGUUCUAAUAAGAAGUUUCUUGAACCAGACCCAACAGUAGAUCAGAAAGAAUCUGAGGAUGACAAUGACAUCCCAUGCUUUUCUGAUAUUGAAACAAUGAUACUUCGAAUGGAUUUAUGUCCGGAUGAUCAGGAUUUAUAUAGUAGUAGAGAAGUCUCAAGAUAUCAACAUGAGGAAACUAAGAGGACAAUCAUAAGGUUGGAACAGUGUGCUAGAUCUUCUAUGCAAAGAUCCAUUGCAUCUCAAGGCGCACUUGCAAUCUUGUAUGGCCGCCAUCUGAAACAGUAUAUUAAGAAGACUGAGGUCAUACUUGGUAGAGCAACAAAUGAUGCUGCAGCAGUGCCAGUGGAUAUUGACUUGGGAAGAGAAGGACAUGCUAACAAAGUAUCUAGACGGCAGGCUCUAAUAAAGAUGAAAGAAGAUGGUACUUUCUUUCUGAAGAAUCUUGGCAAGAGUUCAAUUUUUUUGAAUGGCAAAGAAGUUGGUAGGGGACAGCUUCUGAAUCUUAAUUCUGGUAGUUUGAUUGAGAUUAAGGAAAUGGCAUUUGUGUUUGAGAUGAAUCACAAAUCUGUGAGGCAGUAUCUAGCCAAAGUCGUCAAAAAAAGCCAAGAAAAAUGCACCAAGUUUGAGUGGUCGCCUGAGAGGGGCUGUCAAUAAACACACCCAUAGAGGGUACAUCCUUUUUAUUUUCCUUUUUGGUAAUUGGUUUGAUUAAUAGCCGGUCUAUUGUAUGGGUUUAUCCUUUCACUAGGAGCAUCCUCAAGCUAUCAAACAAAAGAAUGUAUAGGCUUUAUUGUUUAGAAUCAUAGAAUAGUUGAUACUUCCAUCAAAAGUAGGAAUGCAUGUAUAUAUGUAUUUAUGUAUAAAUGAAGUGGUGCUAGUAAGUAGUAACAAAUAGCGAUUCAUUGUCCUAA